GGACGCUAGGGGAUCAAGACGCAUGCCACAUUGCCUCUAUGCGGGCACUUUAACAGAUCUUUCGGGGUUUUUUUCCCAGUAAGGGGGCUGUGGAGGGAGGACUUUUUUUAUUUUCAUUGUCUGAUGACUGUUUGCACGGCUGAUUAUUGAGUUGAUUGUUUAUUAUUUUUGGCGUUUUGUUGCUCGCCGCCCUGCGCGUUUUUUCCUCUCUUUUUUUUGGAAACGGCGACCUAUCCCGCGCUCACCAAUGUCCUAUCCUCAGGGUUACCUCUACCAGCCCCCGGGCUCUCUGGCUCUUUAUUCGUGUCCGGCUUACGGGGCCUCGGCUCUGGCUGCCCCGCGGAAUGAAGACUUGGCGAGGUCGUCAUCUGGCUCAGCCUUCAGUCCCUACCCUGGAUCGGCUGCUUUCUCCGCCUCGGCUAGUGCAGGCUUCUCCAGUCCACUGUCAUACUCCACGGAUCCAACCACGGGAUUCCCAUCAUACAUGAGCUCUCCAUAUGACGCGCACACGUCGGGUAUGGCAGGGGCAUUAAGUUACCACCCAUACGGGAGUCCAGGCUACCCCUACCAACUCAACGACCCGGCUUACCGCAAAAACGCCACCAGGGACGCCACGGCCACCCUGAAGGCCUGGCUGCAGGAGCACAGGAAGAACCCGUACCCGACGAAAGGGGAGAAGAUCAUGCUGGCCAUCAUCACUAAAAUGACCCUGACGCAGGUCUCCACAUGGUUCGCCAACGCCAGGAGGAGGCUCAAGAAGGAGAACAAGAUGACCUGGGCGCCCAGGAAUAAGAGCGAGGACGAGGACGAGGAGGACGGGGACGGGGAGAGGAAGGAAGUGGAGCGCUCUGAGAAAACCCUGGAUAACAGCGAGGCUUCAGCGGAGGAUGAAGGUAUCAGCUUGCACGUGGACACUCUGACGGACCACUCGUGCUCGGCAGAGUCAGACGGGGAGAAGGUCAGCUGUGGCGUGGGGGAGCUGGGCUCUGACCAGGCCGGCGACAAAUGCGACGAGGACGGCGACGACCAGAACCACGACCCGCGGGCUCAGCUCUCGCCCAAAUCCGUCACGUCGUCGCCUCUCCCGGGAGUAGAAUCUCCGCUCCUCGGCCACCACCACCACCAUCACCACCACAGCCACCUCCAUCACCUGCACCACCUCCACAGCCAGCGCGAGGAUUUGGCCCGGAGCCUCGUCAAUAAUACCAAUAAAGCGUCUCCAUGCCUUGAUAGCAGACCUUCUUCCGGUGCGCCUCAGAACCCUAAACCCAAAUUGUGGUCGCUGGCGGAAAUUGCUACCUCGGACCAAAAGCAGCAACAUCAGCAACUGGGGCAGCCGAACUGCCCCUCCUCCAGCGGUGGCCUCCUUACCCCCCCUACGUCUUCCACCACCUCCCCGGCUGCCAGCUCCCCCUCCCUCUACCCGGCCCCCUCCAUCCUUGGAAGACCUAUUUAUUACACUUCUCCCUUUUAUAGCAAUUACACAAACUAUGGCAACUUCAGCCCCCUGCAGGGCCAAGGGAUCCUGCGGUACACUAACUCAUCCGGAGUGAGUCUGGCUGCAGCCGCCGCCGCCGCCGCCGCCGCUGCUGCAGCAAACGAGGGUCUGAGCUCCUCUCACCAGGCUCUGGAGGCGAGCACAAACCCCAAGCACAGGCCGGACUCUCCGCUCGUUAAAAAUAACCCGAACCAGAUUGCUGUUGUCGAGCAACAACAGCAACAACAGCUUUUCAGAGCCGCAAAUUUAGAAGCAAAGAAAGGUACGUAAUGCGGUUAGAGAAGAUGAGAUUAAAUCCGGGGUUGGAAUCUGGAGAUUGUAUUUUUCUUAAAAAACGCAGAAGGAAGGGGAGUCAAAUGAGUGUUUGCAAUGCAAAUCAACUGGUUUUAUUUGUGUCACUUUCAUGUGUCAUAGUAGUCAAACCCUGAAGCCUUUUUUUUUUUUUUCAAGAAAGCAUGCAUGAGACACAAGUGGCAGAUAAUCACUUGUUUUAACAUGAUUUUAGGACUGAGUAUGAUAUUUUGCAGCACCGUCAAAGCAAAUGAACGUGUACUAUGGCCUAUAAUUCGUUUUCAGUGCAGUGCAUUUUCUGAAAUAAUCAAUUUAUAAUUAUUCAUCAUCAUUUUUUAACAAUAUUUGGUCUGUCAGUGCAUCAUUAAAUAUUGCAUUACGGAGCAGUGCAUACACUGCAAACUAAUGUGCACCUGCACAUUUAAAUAAGCCCAUGAAUGACAGGCCUCAAAUCAGCCUGCACACACGUACGCGCGUGCGCACACACAAACACACGCACACACG